AUGUCAACCAUAAAGGAACAAAAAAAUAAACAAAUUCAAGUUAAAAACAAUGACAUUAAUAAAAUUUUAAAUAAAAAAGAAAACGACAUUUUAAAUGAAAAAGCAAACGAAAAAGAAAAGCGUAACGAAGAGGGAAUCAAGAUUUUAAAGAACAAAGAUGACGCCGAAAGAAAGUGUAUUGACGAGGAAAUCACUGAGAAACAAAAAGUAUUAAAGAUUAAAUUUGAUGAGAUGAUUCAUAAAGAAAUAUUAAACGAUAUAAAAGGACGUUUAAGGUUAUUACAUUUAGAAAUUAUAAGACUUUUAGAAAUAUUGGAAAAAAUUGAUCCAUUAUUA